AUUUGUGGUUGUAUUGUGUUUUUGAAUUGUCAAAUAAAUCAAACACAAACAAAAAAAAGUAGGCUAAAUAUAAAUAGAAUUGCUAGAACCGGCAUCCCCAUUCAAGUCAAUGAGACAUACUGGUGGACUGGACAUAGAAUCAGGAAUUCUAUUUCUAUCUCUUGAUCAUGUAUCAUACCUGUAUUGUAGAGUAACAUAAGGUAUAUACUUCGUGGCCUCUGCAAAUACAUUCCUCUGCUGCCACCUGCUGUUUCUAUGUAUAGACAGCAACAGCAUAAAUUAUCGUAUAUACAACCUCCUUGGCCUUAGAAAAGACAGAGUAGGGUAUCAGCUGACCCUGCCCAAUCCUAACCAUAGUGGGGAAAAUGCAAAACUGACCCAAGAUCAGUGUCUAGGGGAAACUUCACCCCAGAGCUGUAAAGACACUCCUCUGCUGCCCCCCUCUGUCUUCAUGUAUUAGUGCUCCUCUCACUAGUUUGACUGUGACCAUGCAGGCCAGACGGGCUCCCCCUUCUGUUGCAGUUCAGCUUGUGCUACUCCAUAGUGAGUGUGUGAUAGGGUGCGUUCCAAUAACAUCUCCCUUCUCCUGAAGUGUACACUUGUUCACUAGUUCCCACAAAUCCCCCCCACAACCACCACACACAAAAAAAAUGAUACUACUAUCACUUUUCAUACCCUUUUUACAUGUAUUUCGUAAUUUGACCACUUAGGGGCACCAUUGUAACAUGAACGGUAUGCGUAAUUGUAUGCCAUGCGUAAUGGUGCUAGAGGGGUCAUGUUACAAAUAAAUCGUUAUUUACCUGAAUGUAAUGACAAUAAAUCAUUGUGUUGUCAACAUGAUACAAUUGAGUSCUUUCCGACACAACAAAACAACCUCCCAACUAUUUUUGGUGAAGUCGCCAUUUUGGAUACUUGAGACACCCAGCGAGCACACUGAUUGGUCGAUUACAUGCGGAGUCCUCGUACCUGGAUCACCAUCCCGUGCUAAACGGCAGCAUUUCCACAGCAUUCGCUUGAUUAGGCUCCUCAGUGAGAAAGGACCCCUUCUUAGACCACUCUUCAAGAGCUGCGCUCUGGUAAUGACAGCCCCAGGRAAAACMCGUUGAUUUCUAGCGAGGGAGGUGCUAUUACGCACCAAACGAGUGCCCUAUCCAAUUAUCUGGAAACGCGGCUUGUGUUGUAAUUGAAUCCUUAUUCCCCAACCGGUUGUUAUGGAUGGAGGUCGAGAGAGGGGUUAGUUAGUGCCUGUUGCUCUUUCCUGGUGCAGCAUGUUGCACGGGGGGUCUCUCGCUUCAUCAGUCCUCAGGAUGGGCAGUUGGAGGGAUUGAGGACGCUGCGCCGCCAACAAGAAUAAUUCACUCGUUUUUGGAGAGACGAUACGGCUAGCAGAUAUCUUGGCUCCACCAAGCAAUACGUUCGCCUGGGUCGAUAAUUUAGGCUAUUUUUAGGAGGAGUUUGCCUUUAUUACACGUGAAGUUCAAUGCUGGAAUGUAAUUUUUAAUACGGAGUGUUUUCUUGUGUUUYGAGCGUUUUUGUGUGUGAAGAACCUGCAGAGCAACUUUUGGAACAAAUUACGCAUAUGAAGAGGAUGGUGUUUUAAAUGUAGAGUGAAAGUUUUGCUCUGCGCUCUGUUGGGUCAUUAUUGUAUUACAUUUUUUUAAUUUUUCUGCUUUGCUAACCAUAUUCAAGAACGAAACAGGUUUAAAGUCCUGGACUGCAGGAGAAAUGGCCAGCGAACUGAAACCACGGCUUUGUAUCAUGACAAAGAGUGAGAACGGGUAUGGGUUUCACUUGCACGGUGAGAAGGGGAAGAACGGCCAGUACAUUCGCAAAGUUGAGCCCGCGUCGUCAGCCGAAGCUUCGGGUCUGCGCCCGGGGGACCGUGUCAUUGAGGUGAACAGGGGAAAUGUGGAGAAAGAUACGCACCAUCAAGUGGUGCAGAGGAUCAAGGCGGUGGAGCAUGAGACCAGGCUGCUGGUGGUAGACCGGGAGACGGACGAGUACCUCCGCAGCCUGCGCCUCGUCUGCACCGAGGAGAUGGCUGUCCGUCUGGGGGGACCCACCUCUGUGUCCCCUGCCUCACCCCCAGCCUCACCGCCCCCGGCCUCCUCGCCCGCGGCCAAGAGAGAGAACGGCUCCGUGUCCAAGCUGCCCGCCACCCUGACCAGGGAGGUACCCAAGCCCACGCGAAGGUCUCCGUCGCGGGCCGCCAAGAAGGUGUUCUUGGGUCUUCCUCUCUUGCUUUCACCCUGUGGGUUCCAGAUUUGAAAGCCAGCUAAGAGAGUCCAGAAGAAGAGAUUGACUCAGAACCAACUGAUGUCAGGCUGUACUGACUGUGUGACUGUACUGUAUCUGUACUGACUGU